CCAGUGGUGGAUGGGCGUGCUUUGAGGCACAGAGUUGAAGGACCUUGUGGCUGUCGGUGCCAGUGCUUCGCCCCAUUUAGAACCAGUGACACUUUUGAUCAGCUGCGCAAGGUUCGAAAGGAGUUGAUCGGGUUGGAGAAAUUGGAGCAGGACAACUAUGUCUUCAACCUGUUGAAGGGGCAUGAGGUUGCGUGUCGUGGAGCCCGUCACCUCACCCUGCUGGGACACACUGUGUGCAAUCGAGGGUUCAUGCGGUUGGUUGGAAUCGGGAAGAGUCGCUUUCGAACCAUUUCCAAAGCAAUCAAUGAAGGCUUAGUGAGGUGUCCGAUGGACGCCAGAUUCUUGCCGAAGGAACCUAAACCCCAGAGAGCGAAGAGGCAGGCUGUUUGGGACUACUUGUGGGCCCUCUAUGAACAGGCUGCGGAGCGGCUUCCGGAUGGAAACACAGUGCAUUCCAACAAGCGCCCAAGGCAAGGCGCAUUCAAAUAUGACGAUCCAAGCAUGUCUCGUGAUGAGGUACGCCACCUUCCACCUGGCACCUUCGCAGACUAUUUGCGUCUCUGCCGGUCAGAGCUUCCCGAUUACAAAAUUUCCCGCCAGCUCUUUUGCUCAGCCAGAGCCUCAACAUGA